CACAUGUCCUCAUUAAGAUACGGAUACUCUUCUCUCCUCUCUCUCUCCCUCUCUCUAUUUUCUUUCUUCUUUGUUUCUCCCCUUAUUAUUAACCACUUCAAGUCCUUUUAAACUCCUCUCUCUCUCUCUCUCUCUCUCUCUCUCUCUCUCUCUCUUGCAUGCUACGAACUCUGAACGCCAACAGAGGCCACGCCAUUCUCCCUCUCCGUGCAUCAAGAUUCGUGCUUGAUCAUGGGUCCCAUCAGGGGUCAGAGGAAGAGGAGGAGGGUCGAGAAGAGAGCAGACAGAGAGGCCGCCAUGGCGCCUGGGCCCACGCCUGGGGACUGGUGGGAUGAGUUCUCGAAGAGGAUUGCAGGGCCAUUAUCUCUAUCCAAAGGACUUGACAGGUUUGAGUCGGUCUUCAAGAUCUCAAGAAAGACCUUCAAUUACAUAUGCUCCCUAGUCCGAGAUGACCUACUGGCUAAGACCUCAACCUUCACCUUCACCGAUGGCAGGCCUCUCUCCAUCGAAGACCAAGUUGCCGUUGCCCUAAGAAGGCUAAGCUCCGGCGAGUCCCUUCUCAACGUAGGUGUCUCCUUCGGCAUGAACCACUCCACCGUCUCUCAGGUCACCUGGCGUUUCGUCGAGUCCAUGGAGGAACGAGCCUUUCACCAUCUCCAAUGGCCAAAGUCCGAUUCAGAGCUUGAAGCGAUCAAAUCCAAAUUUCAAAAGAUCCGAGGCCUCCCAAAUUGUUGCGGCGUCAUAGACACAACCCACAUAAUGAUGUGCCUACCGACAAUGGAGCAAGGCAGCAAAGUCUGGCUAGACCACGCCAAGAACCACAGCAUGGUCCUCCAGGCCAUCGUUGACCCUGACAUGAGGUUUCGUGAUAUUGUCACGGGUUGGCCAGGCAGCAUGGACGACGACCUCGUUCUACGCAAUUCAGGCUUUUUUCAACUAUGCAGCAAAAACUCCAGGCUGAACGGGAAGAAGAUGCAUAUAUCAGAAGGAUCGGAGAUCAGAGAGUACAUCAUAGGCGACGGAGCGUUCCCGUUACUCCCGUGGCUCAUAACUCCGUUUUCAGGAAAGGAGGGCGUAACGGAGUCGAUGAUGGAGUUCAACAGGCGACACUGUGCGACGAGGAUGGUGGCUCAACGGGCUAUGGCGAGGAUGAAGGAGAUGUGGAGGAUCGUGCAGGGGGAGAUGUGGCGGCCAGAUAAGCAUCGGCUGCCGAGGAUAAUACUUGUGUGCUGCUUGCUGCAUAAUAUUGUGAUAGAUUUGGAGGAUGAUGUGAGGGAUGAGAUGCCAUUGGGUCAUAAUCAUGAUGAAGGGUAUAAGCAGAGGUUUUGUGAGGUUGUUGAUGAGGAGGGGGUUGGAUUGAGGGAGAGGUUGGCUGAGUAUUUGAAUGGGAGGUUGCCGCCGUGAAGAUAGUUAAAAGGUUGUUCUUUUGUUUUUCUUUACUCACAGUCUGAGGAUUGCUUGUAGGAGUGGAUUUUGUUGAAAUUUAG